AUGAAUUCUCUUGCUCAUAAUCCUCAAUUACAACAGUAUAUUCAAAUGCAUCCAAAUGCUCUGAGUGUGGGUGGUGCCAACAACCUGACAUCACAACUUCAUACAAACUAUCAUGGUUUACCAAUGGGCGGUGGAGAUCCAUGGGGUGCCGCUGCUGGUAAUCCAAUACCUCUGUCAAUUCAACAACAUCAAAAAUUUGCUCAACUAGAAGAUGAAAAAAUUUAUAUUCUAAUCACCGAGUUAACAAAUCCUAAUAAUCGUGAACAAGCUCUAUUAGAGUUGAGCAAGAAACGUGAACAAUAUGAUGAUCUGGCUUUGAUAUUAUGGCAUUCUUUUGGUGUGAUGACUGCAUUGUUGCAGGAAAUCGUUUCUGCAUAUCCACUUUUAUCUCCUCCCACACUCUCAGGUCCAAUAUCUAAUAGAAGGUCUAUUUCUCAAUACAAAACAAGACCAUUCGAAUAUCUUAGGUUAACUAGUUUGGGUGUUAUUGGUGCUCUUGUUAAGAACGACAACCCAGAUGUUAUUUCAUUCUUGUUGUCUACUGAAAUCAUACCAUUAUGUCUACGUAUAAUGGAGACUGGGAGUGAACUUUCCAAAACGGUUGCAAUAUUUAUUGUUCAAAAAAUUCUAUUGGAUGAUAUUGGAUUGCAAUAUAUAUGUGCUACAUACGAAAGAUUCUAUGCUGUGAGAACAGUUUUGAGUAAUAUGGUUAACCAAUUAGUGGAAACUCAAGCUGUUCGUUUAUUAAAACAUGUUAUCAAAUGUUAUCUUCGGCUUUCUGAUAAUCCAAGAGCUAGAGAGGCACUUCGUCAAUGUUUACCUGAAUCACUUCGUGAUCAUACAUUUGCGCAAGCAUUAAAAGACGAUAUAACCACUAAAAGAUGUUUGAAUCAGCUUUUACUCAAUCUUUCAGAAAAUAUGCCUACCAAUUGA